AUGUCGCUCGACGACCUCUCCGCGCUUCAGAGAGAGAACCUGGCGUACGAGCGUGCGCUGCAUGAAGCUGUCUCGAGCCUCAAGGAGCGCCGACCCACGCUGACGAGGAGCGGGAGGGACCGAUCUCGCGCUCGGUCCUCGCGCAUCCACGAAGAGGACGACGACGACCUUGUGCAGCAGCUCACGGCCGAGAUUCGCCGCCUGCGCCAUGAGCUCACGCAGCGGGGCCAAGGGACGUCGCUCGAGGCACGCACGAUGGGCGAGCUCGCGGCCAACCUCGAGUCUACGACGGCGGAGAUCGAGCGCAAAACGCGCGCCUUGACGACCGCCAUGGACACGAUCGAGGAUCUGGAAGGCCGCUUGGCCGAGCACACGCGCGUCGUCCUUGCCAAGGAGACCGAGAUCGGUCGGCUCCACCUCGAGGCGACGUCGCUACGCGAGGAGAAGAGCUCGCUCGCCGAGGCCAACGCAGUGCUCUUGGCACGCAAGGAGCAAGACGCCAAGCUGUCCAAGCGCUUGGAACGCCACGUGCGCGACCUAUCGUCCAAGCUGCAAGUCGCGCUGGCGCAGAUCAGUGUAUACGAGCAAGCACGCGACACCUUCUCCGAUAUGGAGGCUGCGUCGCGGACCGAGAAAGCAGUCGUGUACGACCAGCUGCAAGAGACCAAGACGAUGCUGGCGCGCCUCCAAAAGGAUAUGGGCGACCGCAUCGGGCGGCGCGACGCGCGGAUAUCGCAGCUCAAAACGUCUCUCUUCGACGCGACCCAAGAGGCCGAGACGCUGCGGGACCGCGUGCAGCAGUACCAAGCGCAGGUGGAGACACUGGCGCGCACCGAGGCAUCGCGGCUACGCCAGUGGACGUCGGAGCGAGAGACGCUCGAGCAGCGCGUCGCACUGGCCAACGAUGCGAUCGACCGCGAGCGCGACAAAAGCGUUCUCUUCCAGCGCGAGAUGCAAAAGCUGCAGCACCAACUCUUGCAGCUCGACGACGCACGCAAGACCGACGCCAAGCGCCACGAGGCUACUUACGACGAUGGCGACGAAGCAUCCAGCUACGUGUGGUCCAAGUACGUCGAAGCGAUAGCGACCAAGCGCUGA